CAGCCGGCAGCGGAGGUGCCGGGCGCGGCAAAGGCGAGGGGGUACCCGGGGCUGGGGGAGUCCUAGGAUUGGGGGGCACCUCAGGAGCCUGGUGUCCGUGCUCCUCCUGGGCAUCAAUGUCUCGUCGUGCUGCUGGUGUCACCUUAAUGUAUAGCAGAUCCAUAAGGAUUUAUGUGAUGCUGAAUACCGCAUGCACCCUGCCCUGGUGUGCUUAGAGGUGGCAGGGAAAGGUAAGAGCAGUGGGAAAGGAGAUGUUCCUCAUCUCUGUGCUGGAAGCAGGAUGAAUCUCGUGUCUAUGGCGACAGAUCCUGAGUUGAAAUGGAUAACCCUGUGGGCCCGCAUCAGGUGGACGGCUGCACUCGUGCUGCUCCUGGGCUCCUUCGUGAUGCUCCUGCUCCCACUGGCUGCUGUGGAAGACCCGUGCCAUGCAGUCCUCAAAGGACUCUCCUUCCUGAAAAGUAAACUGGGUGCAGGCUCCUCUGGGGUCACCAGGUACACAGGACAAACCACCGGACUGAGCAUUGCCUCCAAUGGGCUGGAGCUGCUGGUGCUGAAAGGCAAAGCCCCCCCAGAAGUGAAGUUAGAAGCCAAAGCAGCGCUGAAUCAAGCCCUUGAAAUGAAGCGGCAAGGAAAACGGGAGAAAGCCCACAAACUCUUCCUGUACGCCCUCAAAAUGGACCCCGAUUAUGUGGAUGCUCUGAAUGAAUUUGGUAUCUUUUCGGAGGAGGAAAAAGACAUUCUUCAAGCUGACUACUUGUACUCCAAAGCCUUAACCAUUUCUCCCUGCAAUGAGAAGGCUUUGAUCAAUCGGGCCCGGACACUGCCUUUAGUUGAGGAGAUAGAUCAGAGGUAUUUUAGCAUCAUUGACAGCAAGGUUAAAAAAGUGAUGGCGAUCCCCAAAGGCAAUUCUGCUCUGCGCCGAGUGAUGGAGGAGUCCUAUUAUCACCACAUCUACCACACGGUUGCUAUUGAAGGGAACACCCUGACGCUGUCAGAAAUACGACACAUCAUUGAGACCAGAUAUGCCGUUCCCGGAAAAAGCUUAGUGGAGCAGAAUGAGGUGAUUGGCAUGCACGCAGCUUUGAAAUAUGUCAACACCACGUUGGUAUCACGGAUAGGCUCCGUAACAAUCAGUGAUAUCUUGGAGAUACACCGGAGAGUGCUGGGCUACACCGACCCAGUAGAAGCAGGGCGGUUCAGGACUACUCAGGUGUUUGUAGGACAUCACAUCCCACCCCAUCCCCAGGAUGUCGAGAAACAGAUGCAGGAGUUUGUGCAGUGGAUUAACUCGGAAGAUGCCAUGAGCUUGCACCCUGUGGAAUUUGCUGCGUUAGCCCACUACAAGUUGGUUUACAUCCAUCCCUUUGUAGAUGGCAACGGAAGGACCUCGCGCCUGUUGAUGAAUCUCAUACUAAUGCAGGCAGGCUAUCCCCCCAUCACGAUCCGCAAGGAGCAACGUGCUGAGUAUUACCAUGUCUUGGAAGUAGCCAAUGAGGGCGACGUGAGGCCUUUCAUACGCUUUAUUGCAAAGUGUACUGAGACGACUCUGGACAUGUUGCUUAUCGCUACCACAGAAUACUCUGUGGGCUUACCUGAAGCAGACGGCAGCACUGCUGGAUACAAACAAACUAUCCCCGUCAAGACUUGAGGGUUAUAGAUGUUCAGAAGCCAAUGAAUGUGUGGGAGAACAGAAUGCCAAACCACUCAGUAUUCCUGCUGGGAAAUAACUCAACAGGGGGUGUCACUCUUUAGCAUUUCAUUUAUUUAAAGUGUCUUACAUUUGAUUAAAUUAAUAUAAUUUAUUUAUAUACAUUAUGCCAAGCUGAAAUGUGAACUGUUGAUGGUGAGUGUGCACUAUAACUUGUUUGUGCUACUGGAAGGAGGCGGGGAGAGGUGUCAGAGGAGCUCAACAACCUGAAGUAGAAUUUAAUUUCUCCUUAAAAUUAGGUUUUGAGAUGCUGCUUCAAUUACAGCCCUUCACUUGGUCACUGCAUUGUCUUACCUUGCCCAGGAACUGCUAGGCAAGACAGCAUCUUAACAAAGUUGUUGCUUUUGUGUUACCUUUUCUUCCCUGUUGUUCAAAGAAACCUAAAAAAACCAGAACCCUAGCAGUAACAGCACUCUCCUAGCUGUGUUAAUCAGAUUUUCCUGUUAGUCAUAGAGCACUGAGCCAGAAAAAGGUGAAACUUCAGUUCAGUGAAGGCAUCUCUCCCCUCCUAUUUCUGUUUUCAGUAGCACUUUGCAUGUUUACUUUCAGUUGCCUUUCCUAGGGCAAGUCUCAUACAACAACGGGGAAGUAUUUGGUUUAAGAUUACAGAUGAUGUGACUGGAACAAGAGACGAAAUCUCUCUGCUUUCACUGAUCGGUGAGGUGCUUUUGGUACACAGGACUGCCCACUGCUCUGAGGCUCUGCCUCAAACCCCGCCUUGUCAAGCAGGAGCCCCGGGGAAUUGCAACUGACUGCCUACAUUUCAGUUCAGGGAUUUGAAAGAGUUUCUGCACCCCUGUGGCCAGAAAGGCAAUAUGUAACCAGGACAACUUUGGUCGGUUGUGCCAAUUUGGUUAGAAUGCCUAGAGCGAGUUUGCCAAACCCUGCACAGUUCAUAACCAGAUCACAUUAUUACUGUGAUAAAUGUGUCAGGAACCACACAAGGUCUCUCUGUGCUGCAGCGGCAGUCAGUGUAGUACCUGGAAGUAGCUGUGCAACCAAAGCAACAUACUUUAUCUUUGCUUUAAGGUGAAAGCAGCCACAACCUAACACAGAAUAGCUCCCUCCACCCCUGCCCAACAGCUGUGUAACAGCAUAAUGCAUCCCAACACCUCCAAGUUCAGAAAACUUAAUUCAAUCCAGUUUAGAGUGCUGUUAAGUUUAAACCAUUUGCAAAAUAGUGUAAGCUGUUACAUUGUCCCAGGCCAGUGUGAAGUUUGUUUCCUUCUAACUCUCUCCUAGCUGCAAGGUAGCAAUGACACUUUAUACAAGCAGGCAAUAGGACAAGACUGGGAGUUCUCUAUCCUGCAGCACUGCUCCGUGCUUAUGUACAGACUGCUGCUGAUAGCAAAAGCGAACAAUAUAUGAGGGCUGUUCUGUCCUUACAAAGCAUGCUUAUUUCUGUAGUGCAACGUGAGCAUAAAAAAAAUCUGCACUUUACAUCUUUUGGGGGAAAAAAGUUAUUUUAGUAACAGAUUAAUAAAGUAUUUUAAUAUGAAAGUCUUGGUUUGAAAUAGAAUCAUUUGGUUGGAGAAGAACUUUGAGAUCGAGCCAAACCACAGCUGUCUGCUACUAAACCAUAGCCCUGACACCUCAUUGACUCAUCUUUUAAUCACCUCAGGGAUGGGGGCUUUCAGAAAACCCUUUCAGUGAAGAAAUGUUUCCUGUUAUCUAAUCUGAACCUGCCCUGGCACAACUUCGGGGCAUAGGCUGUUCUCAAAAUACACUCUUCUGUGCAGUAAAUCAAGAAAUCACUACAGCCGUGUUUGUGGAGCAGCAGUUUCCAUCAGCUGUUACACAGCGCACACAUCCCAGCUCCUUCAGCUGUGUAAAACUACUGAGACAUGAUGUGUAGCAGAGGGCUCUCAAGCAGCAAUUCCAACUCUGAGAGCCAAAGGAAAUCCAAGUCAUCACUCGUACUGCAUACGUGCCUCCCACCUGCCAUCAGGGUAAGGAAGCAUCUAACUGCAUGCACAAAUCGAAGCUUCAUACUGAAGCGUUACUAGGAUGUUCCUAAGCUGAUUUUGAGAUACAGUCCCACUGUAUCACCAGUACAAUACUGGAGGGGCAGCCCUGGCACAGAAAGGGCUGUGUGCCAUGCUGCAAACAGACACCAGCAGAUCUUGGUCCCUUGCUGUAUCGCCACAACUGCCACUGUUAUUACACG